CAAUCAGAAAACAAUGGCAGCCCCAAUUUUUGUCUUCUCACUCCUAAUCAUUGCAUCACAACCAUGUCAGCGUAUCCUCGCUUCCGCCGCCGCCGCCGGAGGUCAAUGGCAACUACUACAGAAAAGCAUUGGCAUCUCAGCCAUGCACGUGCAGCUCCUCAGGAAUGAUCGUGUAGUUAUGUUUGAUAGAACUGAUUUCGGACUAUCAAAACUGCCAUUGCCUAAUGGGAGAUGCCGCCAUGACCGGAGAGACCAAGUUGUCAAAGUGGAUUGCACCGCUCAUUCUGCCGAGUACGAUGUUUUAGCCAACAAAUCCAGAGCUCUCAUGGUCCAAACCGACGUUUGGUGCUCUUCGGGGGCGGUAGUACCGGAUGGUAACUUGAUCCAAACCGGUGGAUCCAACGACGGCGAACGAAAGGUCAGGGUUUUUAGCCCAUGCAGUACAUGCGAUUGGCAAGAAAUACCGAAUGGAUUGGCUGUCGAAAGAUGGUAUGCAUCCAACCAUGUCUUGCCUGAUGGAAGACAGAUUGUUGUGGGCGGUCGGAAACAGUUUAACUACGAGUUUGUUCCUAAAACCAUUACCGCCAACACGUUCAAUUUGCCUUUCUUGUCGGAAACCAAUGACUUCCACGUUGAGAACAAUCUCUACCCUUUUAUUUUCCUCAACGUUGAUGGAAACUUAUUUAUUUUCGCCAACAAUCGAGCUAUUUUGCUUGAUUACAUGAAAAACAAAGUUGUGAAGACGUAUCCGACGAUCCCCGGUGGCGAUCCAAGAAACUAUCCCAGCACCGGUUCGGCUGUUUUGCUUCCAUUGAAGAAUCUGAAAUCUGCAGCCACUGAAGCUGAAGUUUUGGUUUGUGGAGGCGCUCCAAAAGGAUCUUACAUUCAAGCUUCACGUGGAGUUUUCAUUGGAGCCUUGAACACUUGCGCAAGGAUCAAAAUAACCGACUCCAACCCACAGUGGGCAAUGGAGACGAUGCCUCUAGCUAGAGUUAUGGGUUACAUGAUAUUGCUCCCAAACGGCAACGUCUUGAUCAUCAAUGGAGCAGGUUCAGGAACAGCCGCAUGGGAGUUUGGUCGGAACUCGGUUUUGAAUCCGGUUUUAUACAAGCCUGAUAGCAAAAUGGGGACACGGUUCGAGACACAAAACCCAACAACGAUUCCUCGGAUGUACCAUUCUACCGCUGCAUUGCUUCGCGACGGCAGAGUUUUAGUCGGAGGAAGCAAUCCUCACCAUUAUUAUAACUUCACCGGUGUUCUUUUCCCCACUGAACUAAGCUUAGAAGCAUUCUCUCCGGCAUACUUAGACGCUAAAUUCAACAGCAUAAGACCGACAAUCAUUGCUCCAAAGUCAAUGUCCGGAAUCAAAUACGGGCAAAAGUUAAUUGUUCAAGUGAAGAUUGCCGGCAAAGUAGCUCAAAACCAGGUGUCGGUAACCAUGGUGGCGCCACCUUUUAACACACAUUCAUUCUCUAUGAAUCAAAGGUUGCUUGUACUCGGAAACGACAAGGUGACGGCUUUGGGAAAACAAAUGUAUAACAUUGAUGUCACGGCACCGGGUUCCGGUAAUAUCGCGGCCGCAGGGUUUUAUCUUCUAUUUGUGGUCCAACAAGAGAUUCCCAGCGAAGGCAUUUGGGUCAAAUUGCAAUAGAGAAAAAGGUCCAAAUUUCGUAUGUUCAUAAGAAUGUGAUCCUCCAGUCUAUAUAAAGCUGACAC